UUCCCACUUGUUUAUGAACGCUGCAUAAGCUCCUUCAGGGAGGAAGACAAAAACACACAAAAAAACUAUCCUCCUAAAAAUAUUUAAUCGAUUUUCAUCCACAAUACUCCCCACUGAACUACAAACAGCUGUAUGUGUGAAAAAUAAAAAGGUCACGAAACCGGAUGUUAGGGAACACCAUUGGCAUCAGGUGAGAUGCUAUCAAAUUAGCUAGCCAGUUAACGUUCACUCUCGUUUGUAAUGUCGGACUGGGAGGAGGAAGACGACGGACCCACAGAUUGGAAGUCUUCGUGGAAAGGGAGUGCGAUGGAAAAUGUGUGUUUUGGGGUGAAAAAUGCCGGUGGUUUCAGAGCGCCACGUGGGAGAGGGGAUCACAACGGUUCGCAUUGUCAAAGUUGGAGGGACAGCAAUGGUGGCAAGGACCGCGUGUUCUCCCGAAGUGGAGAUCGUGAUGUCUGUAGAGGUGGGCGCGGAGGCCGUGUCAGUGGCGCAGACUGGUCGGCUUCAACGCCGCCGGUCACUUUCACUGUGGAAAAUACCUCAAUUGGAAGGGUUAUAGGUCGCGGAGGAGCUACAAUACGUGAACUUGAAGAAACCAGUGGUGCACGAAUCAAGAUCAACAAGGGGGACUAUGAGGGUGAGGUGCAAAUCUUCGGGAGCAGCAAGGUGCAGCAGAAGGCCCGAGAGAUGAUCGAGGAGUUGGUGGCCGGAGACAAUGGCCUUUGGGGAUUCCGCAGAGGACCUGGGCGAGAUGGUGGAUUUGGGGGUAGAGGUGGAGGAUUUGGGGGUGGGGGGUCUGGUGGCGGAGGCAGGAGCGGCUCCAUCUGGUCAGCUGCAGCCCUGCAGGCGUCUGUGGAUGAAAGUCCUCCACAGGCCAUCGACUGGGUCUCCAUGAGGGAGAACCGGCACAAAUACGAGGAGAUGAAGUGGCAGGAUCUCCCACCUCUGAAGAAGGAUUUCUACUUUGAGUCAGAGAUUGUAGCCAGUCGGUGUGAAGAGGAAGUGAGGGCAUGGAGGAAAGCGAAUAACGAUAUCUUUGUGGACGACCUAAAGGAGGGAGAAGGGGAGAAACGUCCCUUUCCCAACCCUGUGGCCACGUUCAACGAAGCCUUCUUGCACUAUCCUGGGAUCAUGGAGAAUAUUGUCAGAGUCGGCUUCGCCAAGCCAACUCCUAUCCAGUCUCAAGCCUGGCCCAUGUUGCUGAAAGGAGAUGACCUGAUUGCGAUCGCCCAGACAGGCACAGGGAAGACACUGGCCUACCUCCUACCUGGCUUUAUUCACAUGGAUGGCCAGCCUGUAAAAGUGGGUAAGCGGGACGGCCCUGGUAUGCUGGUUCUCACUCCCACUAGAGAGCUGGCUCUGCAGAUUGAGUCAGAGUGCAACAAGUACAGCUACAAGGGCUUCAAAUGGGGAGAUGUCUGCAUGUGGAGCCUCCUCUGUGUUGUGUCUUUGUGUAGUGUGUGUGUCUACGGAGGUGGAGACCGCAGGGCCCAGAUCAAAGCAAUCUCAGUUGGAGUAGACAUUGUGAUCGCUACGCCUGGCCGGCUUAACGACCUGCAGAAGAACGAGCUGAUCAACCUGCGUUCCAUCACCUACCUGGUGCUGGAUGAGGCAGACCGGAUGCUUGACAUGGGCUUUGAGCCUCAAAUCAUGAAGAUUCUUUUGGACGUCCGUCCGGACAGACAGACUAUGAUGACCAGUGCCACCUGGCCCACGGGAGUGAGGCGAUUGGCCAAGACGUACCUGAAGAACCCUAUGAUGGUGUACGUGGGAACUCUGGACCUGGCUGCUGUGAACACAGUACAGCAGACUGUUCUCUUUUGUCAGGACGAGGAGAAGAAGGCCUAUCUCUUUAACUUCGUCCACAACAUGGAGCCUGAGGACAAAGUGCUCAUCUUCGUAGGCAAGAAGAUAAUGUGUGACGACCUGUCCAGUGACAUGUGUCUGCGUGGCCUGGCAGUACAGAGUCUUCAUGGGGACCGGGAACAGUGUGACCGCGAGGAGGCUCUCAAGGACUUCAAAGAAAGUGUUGUCCGUAUCCUAGUGGCCACUGACCUGGCCUCCCGAGGGCUGGACGUCACAGACAUUACACACGUAUUCAACUUUGACUUCCCAAUCAACAUUGAAGAGUAUGUGCAUCGCGUGGGCCGCACGGGCCGAGCAGGACGCUCUGGGGCCUCUAUCACCUUGGUAACGAGAGGAGACUGGAGGAAGGCUGCUGACCUGAUCCCCAUCCUGGAGAGGGCUGGACAGGAGGUACCUGAUGAGCUGGUGCUCAUGGCGGAGCGAUACGAGAAGCACAAGCGAGAGAAGGAGAUGUGCGGCCCCGGAGGAGGAGGAGGGGGAAGAGGCGGUGGGGGAAGAGGGGGAGGAGGCGGUGGGGGAAGAGGAAUAAGAGACAGAGGAGAGUCUAACUGGAGGUUCUAACCCAUUACAGUUACACAGAUUAAGCGUUUAAACAUUAAACAUUUAUGUGUGAAGAGAAGUGCUGUGGUGUCAACAAUAUCACAUUUUAUUGGUCACAUACACAUGUUUAGCAGUCCUUUGGGUUCACAGAUGAGGCAUCUUUGCUAUUAUGUAUUCCCUUCUAUUGAAAAGUAGGAUAUUUGGCACAUACACAAUGCAAUUUAUUGAUAUUCAGCUGAAAACGCCACUGCCCUCAGGCCUUAAAUUCCAAUGCAUGGCUAUUAACAAAGAAACCACUUUUUGUGCUAAAAGCUGAACAGAAAUACAAAUAUUGUGUAAAACAGAGAACACUCAGUGCGUUCACAUCACACACACAUUUUCUCUGUUAGACAGUUGGAGUCCGAGAAUAUGAACGUGUGGUCACACCAAUUAUAGCUGGGGGUUCCUAGCAUGCACCUGGACCAACUGUCAGUCAUUUUCUAUUUCUUUGGUUUGGCCAAGAUGCUCACAAAGGUUGGUAAAUACUCUGCAAGGAAUAGAUGGUGUUGACAUACUUAGCAGGAAGAUUUCUUGAAUGUUAUUAUUUUUAAAGGGUUAAAAAUCUUCACUGACAGCUCAUGUUUGCCCCAAAAGUCUAAUCUCCCUUUGCCAAUUGUCGAAUCUGUAUUUCUUCAUUUUUCAGAAGAGGAAGAAGCAACUUGCAACUUCAGUUCUGGAACCUCCAGCGUUGAGCCUUUUUUGUGUGUUACACAUUUUUGUUUUUGUAUUGAAUAAUUCAUAGUGUUGUACAGACUUUGUUUAAAUUACCUUUUAUAAUUUGUUGGAGAAGAGCAGUUGGUGCUCACUCAAUGUAUCAUCUCUGAGAAGACUCAAAACUGUUCAAGUAAGAUCUGAAUUAAAUCUCAACUUCUGA